GAUGAAACAGGAAGCACUGCUUGCGGCAAUCAGUGAAAAAGAUGCAAACAUUGCCUUGCUGGAAUUGUCUGCCUCCAAAAAGAAAAAGACACAGGAAGAAGUCAUGGCCCUCAAGCGAGAAAAAGAUCGACUAGUGCAUCAGUUAAAGCAGCAGACCCAGAACAGAAUGAAGCUGAUGGCAGACAACUACGAUGAGGACCACCACCAUUACCACCACCACCACCAUCACCACCACCACCGAUCUCCUGGGAGGUCGCAACAUUCCAAUCACAGGCCUUCUCCCGACCAGGAUGACGAGGAGGGCAUAUGGGCAUAGCCGGGCCUGUAAACCAAAGUUCCAGUUUUGUUUUGAGGGAUGAUCCAGCUCUGUCGGAGGCAUGGAGGCACAGUCAAAUCUCAUGCUGUACAUUGAUCACCUGUCCAACCUUUGCCUAGAGUGGGAGCCCCCAGUUCCUUCAAGAGAUCCAACUUUACCUGUCUGUAAAGAAGAAGAGGAGGAGGGAGACAGCGGGGAGUACCCGGUGGCACUUUAACACCAGAGCAGGUCCAGUGUUUACUCGUCC